AUGAAGCGGAUCGCCUUCUUGCUGUCGGUGAUGGUGGCCCUGGCGGCGGCCCAACCCGGCCCGAACAACAACAGCAGCAGCAACAACAACAACCAGUACCCCUACGCCCGGUUCAGCCCUUCCAUGGCCAUCAUCAUCGUCUCCCUCCCGACCUUCACCUACUCGGAGGUCCGGGACCACAAGAUCGGCAAGGGCGCCCUCGAGUGCGCCAUCUGUCUCAACGAGUUCGAGCCCGACGAGGCCCUCCGCCUCAUCCCUACCUGCGAUCACGUCUUCCACCAGGACUGCAUCGACGCCUGGCUCGCCUCCCACGUCACCUGCCCCGUCUGCCGGGCCGAUCUCACGCCGGACCACUCCGCCGCCGCCGCCGACGACGACGCCGAUGAUAAUCAGCUCCCCUCAUCGACGACACCACCACCCCCGCCGGCCGAAAACCCCCAGAUCACAGUCCAGGUGGACAACGAGGGCCGCCGGCCCGGGCGGAGCGCGAGCCUGGCGAGGGCCAAAGUGGUGUUCGGUCUGGGGAGGUUCCGGUCCCACUCGACUGGCCACUCGGUGCCGGCCGGGGUGGUCCAGCCGGGGGUGAACCUGGAGCGGUUCACUCUGAGGCUGCCGGAGCAGGUGAGGAGGGAGGUUAUGGACCGGGCGCUGCUGAACCGGACCGGGAGCUGCGUGGCGCCGCCUGGCCUGCCGCGGGGAGGUAGCUCGCGGUCGAACCGGGGGAGGUCCUACCUGAGGAUCGAGAGGGAGGGAGUGAGGUCCGACAGGUGGCUAUUCUUCUCGAGGGGGCUGUCGAUGAAGUCGCCGAAGGUUGGGGCGGAGGCCGGCGAGGGAAGUGGAGGCGGUGGGAGCCGGACGCCGAUGAAGAUGCCGUCGUUCAAGUGCCUGGAACCGAAGGCCGCGGACGAGGCCGGCCUGUUCUCGCCGGAUGGGGACGCUCGCCCGCCGGUUUAG